AUGUUGCCUCUCCGCCUCCUGUGCAUCACCGCGGCGUGGACCGCCACCUCGACGGCACGCUAUAUUGUGCCAGGUGGGCGAUGGCGUGACACAGAUGGCAACCUCGUCAACGCACACGCAGGCAAUGUGGUGCUCGAUCCGGCGAGCGGCGACUUCUUCUGGUUCGGCGAGUACAAGACUGAGGGCCAGACAGAGGGCGGCGGCGUUUCCGUCUACAGCUCCAGUGACCUGGCGACGUGGACUUCCCACGGGCUCGCGCUCGCGCCCAUCGAGGGUGACCCGCUGCUCGGGCUGGACAAGAUCAUACAGCGGCCCAAGGUGGUCUACAGUGAGGUCACAAGCAAGUAUCAUAUGUGGUGGCACGCCGACAACUCCACAUAUGGUCUUCUACUGCAAGGCUUGGCAACAUCCGACAACAUCACCGGGCCUUACGAGUUUGUCUCGGCUACCAAGCCUCUCGGUAACUGGUCCCAGGACUUUGGGCUAUUUACCGAUUAUAAAGACGGAAGAUCGUACGCGCUAUACUCGAACGGUGAUACCGUCGAGGGGAGGGACGACUACAUCACCUCCUACAACGAUGCAGUCACCGAGCUGGAUGAGGUAGUCUACCGAUUCAACAAGUUCGAUCUUGAAGCACCCGGCAUAGUGCAGACAGAUAACAGUUACUACAUCCUCAUGAGCCACAAAACAGGUUACCGACCAAAUGAUGUCGUGGCCUUCCGUGCUGAUAGCCUCCCUGGACCUUGGAGCCAGCCCUUCACCGUCGCUCCACUCGACACGCGCACCUACAACAGCCAAAGCGGCUUCAUCCUGCGCAUCAACGGCACAAAGCAGGUCACACAUCUGUAUCUCGGCGACCAGUGGGACAGCAACUCGCUGUGGGAGAGCCGCUACAUCUGGCUGCCGAUAGACAUCGACGACGAAAAGAAGUCCCUCGAGCUCGUCUGGAACGACGUGUACGACCUAGACGUCAAAACCGGCGAGUGGAGCCCUGUAGAAGGCACAUCAUAUUAUGCGCACGACGCCGCGGUCGCUGGAGACGCGUUCCUGCAGGAGGCCAACUUCGCGGCUGGUGGACUCAUCGCCACCGGUAUCUACGGCAACGACAGCACCGUCACUUUCUCCGGCAUCGAGGGCACCGGCGAGCCGCAGUGGGUAUCUUUCCACUACCAGAACACGGAUGACAUGGGCUUUGGUAACCAGCCUGGUGGUACCCCCGACCGCAUCGGUGGGAAGUGGCAGCUGCGGCGCAUCAGCAGCGUGGUGGUGAAUGGAGACACGGAGAACGUCGAGACACUGUUCCAGAGGGACACGAACAAGGGAAUUAUCCUGUCGACGCCACUGCUCCUGACCCUGGAGAAGGGCAACAACAACACCAUCACUGUCGGCGGUCUGUCGAACGGGUUCGAUUACAAGGGGGCUGAUCUGGAGCGUGUUGUGGUGUACCCGACUGAGAAGACUAGCAACUUGACAGUCAGUGCUACGCGCCGAAGCUUCUAG